AUUAUACCCCUCUUCUCUGACUUCAAUCUCCCUUUUAUUCCCUUUUCGUCUUUCUUUCUCUCCAUUUUCCCCUUCUUCUCAGACUUUGAAUACAAUCACCCAGAUAUUAUCGGUCAGUACCACCGAAGAAUUUUCUUGACUGAAGCCGAAAAUGAGUAGAUUCAGGAGAUUCGAGAUUGUUGAACACUCCCCCUCCUACUUCCUCAAGGAGACCUCCAUUUUCACCCCACCAAGAACCCUCUUGCUAAACCCUUCCUUCCCCAUUGUUGAAGACGAGCUCGACCUGCUUACCUUCACUCCCAAUCCACCUCUUUUGCUGGAUGACUUCGACACUAUCACCGAUCUGAUCCAGAUCGAGGAAACCCCUUUCCACACUUCGACUCGCCGCGUUACUCGCCGGGUCGGGCUCGGUGAGCUCUACUUACAGACGCUCAGUGAUCGUGUUUCGGCUUUGGAGCUGGGGUUUAACCGGCUGGUGAGGGAGGAGAGGAGUAAGAAGAACAAGUUUGGGGAGAGGAAGUACACUUGGACCGCCGAGAUAAAGAGCCCGGAGAAAGACCGGAAGUACAAAUGGACGGCGGAGAUUAAGGAUGGGAAGGAUGACAAGAAAGGGCCGGAGAAGAGUUACAAAUGGACUGCUGAGAUUAAGAGGAAAGGUGGUGAAAGCUUGCCGAUCGAGCAGACGUACACGAUUAAAGUGUCCAGUGGAGACAGCAGCAGCGAAUCAGAGGAGAAGACGAAGCAGAAGAAAUGUGAGAAAGGAAAGGGAAAGGGAAAAGGUAAAUCAGUGGGGUCCACUACUCGCAUUGUUGAGAUUGAAGAGCCCUCUGACCAUGGGGCCAUUGUCUUAAGGCAGGUUUUUGAAAAGAGAGUAGAAAAGAGAAGGGGUAAGCGCAAGGAGUUGUCUCCACAAGAUGCUGCAGCUUUGAUUCAGAAGACUUUCCGGGCUUAUCUUAUCCGAAGGUCUCAGGCUCUACGUGCACUUCGCGAGCUGGCCAUUGCCAAGACAAAGCUGAAGGAGCUCAGGGCUUUGUUCAACAACUUCUCUUACCGCCGUCGUCUUGCCCGCGAUGCAGAAGAGCGGCAGAGGUUCUCUGAAAAGAUUAUCGUGUUACUUCUUACUGUUGAUGCCAUUGAGGGUGCUGAUCUGAUGGUCCGAGCCGCAAAAAAGUCUAUGGUGGAUGAACUGGAAGCAAUGCUCGACGUUGUGGACCCCCAACCCCCUGGAAAAUCUCUGUCCAUGAGGAGGAGAACAUUUGAUAUGCCUGAUGGUGUGAUCAACAAAGAACUUGCUGCCGGUGUUGCUCAGGUUGUUCAGAUGCUGGAUCAGGAGGCAACCGGUUCUGAAACCUUUGAAGCAUGCUUGUAACUCCGCCUUGUCUUGUUAAAUCUUGCCCCUUGUAUGUGGAAGAUGCUUAUCUAGUAACUUUUAGUCGGGACUUUUACUAAUGGACGCUAGUUUGAAGAGCUUGGUCGGCUUGUACUUCCCUUUGUGUAACAUUUUGCUGUUGCAUUCCCUCAUAGUACUUAAAGUUUAUGCGUGUAUGGUUUGAACAUUAUUGUGUUAUUUAUCGGUGUUCCCCCUGUUUUAUCGUUUC